CAUAGCAAACCAAAGCAGACGAAAAAGAGCGACCGGAGCGACGCAGAGGGAGACUUUGGCCUUUUCGGCUGAGCUUUUUUGUGGAUUUGGGUCGAAAGAGGAGUCGAAUACUAAAAUGACCAGGGGAAACCAACGUGAGCUUGCACGCCAAAAGAAUGCCAAGAAGGCGAAUGAGAGCGGCAAAGGGAAGCGAGGCGAUGACGGGCUGUCGGCUGCUGCUCGGAAGCAGAGGGAUGCUGAAAUAAUGCAGCAAAAGCAGAAGAAGGCGGACGGCGACGGAGGCAAAGCAAACCCAAAGUCCAAGUGAAGAUCCGAGUCAAGAGAUGAAUUCUUCCGUCUCAACCUCCUCUUCCUGAUUAUCCAGACUCGACAUUCAUUCAAAUGGAUCCUACAUUCUCCCCUUAUGGCAAAACGGCAAUAGAAUCUUUUUCUCCUGUGAAAUUGUCUCGAGGAAAUUCGGAAAACGCUGCAUGCGUGCAGAGGAGCGUCUGUGGUUUUUAGCAGCAGGAGAAAGAUGAACUGUUGUCCACACCAAGCAUCUACGUAACUGUUGUGGUUUCUUUUUCUUGUACAAAGUAUGUCUCCUGAUGAUGGUUUCAAAUAAAGUGUAAAUCUUUGUAGGUCA